UCGUUCUGAUUGUGCACCUAUUACCAUGGUGGACUUGUGUAGUGGGAAGAGCACUAGCCCCUAUACCAGGAACAACAAGAGAAGAUGGCCGCCUUAGUGAGAGAAAACAAAGAGAGGAAAGAGCUCCAGAAACAGGCGAAGCUAAAGACAAUCGUAGAGGAGCAGGCGACGAAGAUGAAGAAGCUGGAGGAGGCGAUGAAGAGAGUUCAGCAGGAGGAAGAAGAGAGGAUAAAGGCUGCUGAAGAGGAAGCAGCAACAGAAGAAGAAAAAGAAAGAAUGUGUAUUGAAAGAAGAGAGGGGAGUAGUGGCAUGAAGAAGGAUGAAGACGCAAAGAUGGAGAAGAAGAUUAGCGAGUGGAUAACUAAUUUAUCGUUGAGGGAGGAUGAGGAGGGAGAGUUCUAUGUGCCCCAGGAUGAGAGGGAUACGCUAUCCCAGGAGCUAGCAGCAAUGGAUGACCCCCUGAAAAGACAAGAAAGAGAGGAGGAGAAAAAGUUGGAGUGGAAAUUGAGAAUGAAGAGGGAAAAGAAGAGAAGGAGGGAUGAGGUUAACAGGUUGACCGCAAAGGUGGCGAAGAUGAAGGAUUGUAGGCAGGAAGUGGAGGCUCAGGCAGACGACAAGGCCAAAUGGGAUAAGGUGUUGGGGUACCUAGAGGUGUUGAGCGCAGCUUGGAUGGAGGAACGCCAAGCCAAUAGAGCUCGGGAGGUAGCCUUGAAGGCCAUGCGGUCUGGUUUUCAGGAUUUUGCGCUCGAGAUGGUUACCCACGUUGGAGGGGAAGUCAGGCGAUUGAGAGACAACGUGGGGAAGUUUUGUGAGGGUGUCAUUGAGGGCGCCAAAGUAGUAGCCGCUGCUGAGGGCGAGGCAGACCUCGCAAGGAACUAGUCAAACUUAAGUUCCCCGAUGCUUAUGGUGGGAAAUCUGAUGAGAACUUCGAUAACUGGGAGGCUGGUGUAAACAGUUAUGUUUACUUACAGCAUA